UUGUUAUAAAAGUAUUACUGAUUAAACUUGAACAAUUAUGUAGCUUUAUAUUAUUAAGGCUAAAGCUUAAUCAGUGUUACCAAAAAAGUUCUCCAAAAAUUUGUGCAUUUCAUAAGAUGGAAUUUUAGAUGUAUAAUGAACUUAUGCAUAGACACCAAUAAAGUUUGAAAAAUCAAUUUUGAAUCUAUUUAUCAGUUCCUCCAUUGAUAUUGUAAAAAUUUGGAGUAGCAAAAUAGCAGACAGGAAGUGUUUUUACUCACAAAAUGGCAUCUUAAGCAGACCUAAUGUUAACCUGCUUUUAGAUGGAGGAAACAGAAACCAAGGCAUUAAGAGAAGACAUCACCCUGCUGACUUUAUCUGGAUGAGCUGUGAAAUCACAUCUGUGUGCAUCAGGAUAAACUUUGCAAGUCAUUGACAACUGUAGACCUGUUGCCCUGACAACAGGUACUGAGUAAGCAAACAAGCACAUAUCAGGACCCCUGCAGUUUGCUUAUCAACUUCUCACCAACAUUUAUAUGUUGGUGAGUCAUACUCACCAACAUAUAAAAUAAAAUAAUUCAACCUGACAGUUAAAUACUUUAAUCAACAAACUCACUAAGCUAGUAACUAAACUAAACCAGAGAGAAAAACAUGCAAGAAUGAUGAAAACUAAACUACUAACAGUAAACAAUAAAUAAAACCAAUAAUAGUCAUGUUCAAUAAACAAGAAUAUUUGUGCCACUUGUCAGAUUAAAAGUACGUUUUGAAUAUAAUAAGCUUUAAGUGUUGGGUUCUGCAGGGGAGUGGUUUCUCUACAUUUACAGGGUGGCAGGCGGACGGGAUCCAGCUGGUGCUCAUCAAGACCAAUCAGCGAAGGCCUUUAAUAGGAGCGGCUUCCCUGAGGCAGACGCCAGAUGAUUUUGCUUCUAUAGUGAGAACCAGCCCUGAUCACCCCCUGGUGCUCAGACUACCUAAUUACCUGAUCCUCGCUGCUCUGCUAAAACUAGCUCCUGGCUACCUCCACGACCACCAGCCAGCUGCUGCCUGUCCACCCUCAGUCUCAUGCUGGAACUCCUCCCCCCGGAAAUCCCACACUGCACCGACUGUUGGAAAACCCAUGUACCCACCUCUGCUCAUCCUAACCCUCAGCCAAUGUCGCUCCUAUGAGGACUGCUGUGGAACUCGCUGCUGUGUUAGAGCCUUGUCCAUUCAGAGAUUAUGGUAUUUCUGGGUCCUGCUCAUGAUGGGGGUGUUGUUCUGCUGCGGUGCUGGCUUCUUCAUCCGCAGAAGGAUGUAUCCUUCUCCUCUGAGAGAUGAGCCAACCUUCAAUGUGUCCUUCACCAGGCAACCUGUCACCUCGCCAGUUUCCCAGCAGCCAAGCAGCAUACAGAGCUUUGGGGUGAACAGGAUGGCUGGAGGUGACCCUGGGAUGACAUUGACCCAGGCUGCGUAUCGUUCACAGCCGGGCUCCACCCAGAUGAUGAUGUGGUCCUACCCGCCACCUCCAUCCUACUGUAACCACCCACCACCACCUUAUGAAAAAAUCAUCCAGAAUGACAAGAAGUAGUGUCUUCAAAGAGCUAACCAAGUGGAACAUGAGAAGGGAAGAAGGGUGAUGGAGACAAAGUGCAGCUAAAGCUGAGGAGAACAAGGACCAGUCUGCUGUUUGCAGGUUCAUGCUAACUGACUUUGUGUGAAGACUAAAUGACACAGGUCUACCGUUGAAAAUAAGCACAAAAAUAGACCCACGCACUCUGGUUCUGUUUAGAACACACACACAGCCUGACUGGAACUCAUCUCACUGCGUCUGGGCAGAGAAAGUCAUGGACGGUUACUAUGGACUAAAAUGUUGCAGAAACUGGUCUCUCUCCACCAAAAAACAUUUUAAAAAAACCCUGGAAGGAUGGCACAGGUUUCCCAGCAUGCAACAUGAGCUUCUUCAUCAAUAAGUUAUUGAUGUAUUUUCUUUGUAUAUGAUGAUGACUUGAUGUGGUAGUUGGUGACUAACAUUAAGUGUCACCUAAAGACAUCCUAGUGGUGACAAAAGUGCAGCUCCAGGUGUGGUUGAACUCAUUUUCACUCUUGAGCAUCAUUUUAAUGGAGUGGUUCUGUCUUCCUGCCAUAUUAUCCAUUUGAUUCUUUGUUCAAAGAAAUAAUACAAGAAACUUGUUGAUUUGCGCAGGGAUUAUUGGGAACUGUGAUCCAGUUCCUUGACCCAGUGCAGCUUGAUGCUUUCUUUCCUAGUUUUAUUAAACAAAAAACUAAAGCUUAAGCUGGAGUUCUCUUAUCAAGUUUGUGAGUUCAAUAAAACCUUUUGUCCCUUAACAUUCAUGUUGAUUCACUUGACUUUUUGGUCUUCAACACCCUCAACAGAACAGCUUGGCCCCUGCCAGGGAUCCUGACUUUUAUCCAUUUUCCUUAAGUGUUGUGAGUCAAGUUUAAAAAUGAAUUUAAAAAAGGGAAGAAAAAACUUUACACUUUACCUCAUGACAAUGUUUUAAAAAGAUAGCUACAGGUGUCAAGAGGACAAGAAAUAGAGCUGCCAUUAAUAUUUACCAUCUGUGCAACAUGACCUAAUGGACCUAAGUUUAACAUUUCUGUCCGUCCGUCCAUCCAUCCAAUGGAAACAGAGACACUGUUUUCAAGCUUAUAGGAUGAACUAGAGAGCAGACUAGGAGAGAGUCGGCCUUAAACACUGGGAGACAGAACCAGCUGGGUCAUUUGCAGGACGCUACAGUUGACAGCACAAGCUCAACCAAGCCUCCUACGCCCCCUACCUUCCAGGAAGUUACUACAGCUGAAAUAAAUGUAAAAAGGAUAAAUACUUGCAGAUUCUGUUUCUAAUCUAUUUAAACAACUUUGAAAAGUGUGAAUAAGACACAGUAGAGCUGGUAUGUACAAGGAAAGGUAACCUUAUUUGGAAGCAGACUACAUGUAGCUAAACCAUAUUUUUUUAUAUUUAAGCCUGAAUGAAUAAUUGUUGCAAUGUGUGAAUCAGAAAAAAUAUAAAAUAAGUUAAAAGUUACCCAACAUGUUUUGUUUUUGUUAGAAUUAUUAUGUGUUAAUGUUAGGAAUAUUAUGUUUUGUUAUCACUCUUACAUUAGUAGUUUUACAUUGCCAGUUUGUUUUUCAUUUAAAGGUUUUAAGUGUUCUCGUCCUCUGGAGAAAGAACUUGAUGAACUGUGUGUAAAAACAAAACUUGCUUUUCCCUUAA